UAUGUGCCAGUGACCGCUCGCUGUGACCUUCACCUUGAAUUCUCUGUGUUGUGAUGGCUCUCGGCUGCCAUCUGAUUGCCACCCUCUAGAGGGCGGAAACCAAUACGCAGACACUUGGUCGGUUCUCCACCAUGUACGAUGCUGCAUUUGACGAGCUGCAAGAUGCCAUGUGAUUCCAAAGGCGAACGAUGACGACGAAUAGUACAGUACACAAAAGAACAUCUGGAUUCUGGCAGGAUGUGGAAGUGCCCAACCGGGUGAGGGUUUGUUGGGGGGGAAAGGGGGGGACAAGGCUGGGAUGGUGGGCUAAGCGGGGACUUAGGACCAGCUGGGGUUAUGCGCGGCGUGGAAGGUGGCAAAUGAAGCGAUGCUUGUGUGAAGUAGAACAUGGCUUGGGUGGACAGGCAUGUGUGGGCGUUUGCGCAGGGUGCACGUUCCAUGGGACAUCACAGAGCCGACCCAUAGAAAAGUGCAGCUUGCCGCUCAGUCUUUCUCUCCCCUUGCCCUCUCUUGCUGUCCUCCUUCCGUUCCCCAUGGUGCGGGGAAUGAGCAGCAUUUCUGCUACUUUCCCCUGAGACUGCUGAGGUGUCAAUGUAUGCAGCUGAUGCGACUCCCAAGGAUGCCCUAUCCACUCGAGGCGCCCAUUUCGCUUUUCUUGCUUUUCGUGUGUCCUCUUUCCUUGUGUACGAAUGCAGAACCGGAUAACGGAAGAGCCAAAACUCUCGCAGAGCCGAGCCAGGCCGAGGGUCCCAAAUGCGAGAAAGAUAAGAGACGGAACGGUCGUCCGAAAUCGGUAUUUGUGCGUUGGAAUAUGGCCGCGCCGGCCUCUACGCGCCUGGCCACGGCGCCGUCGUCUCGUCAAAACUAGACUCCUUGCUGUCACUCCUCCGACGUGGCUUCUCCAACCC